CUAAAGAAACUGUUGGUAUUUUGAAAGUGUAUUUUAUUGUAUACCGUUACAUGUUCACGCGAAUGCAAAUACUUUGGUAAAUGUGUUUGAUGAGUCUGGUAAUUACAAGCACACCGUUUAAACGAUGUAAAGUACAUAUCUACAUAUGAUGCGGCUAAGUGAUAACGCGUGAGACAACGUGCCAACGCGCGGAAUCGACACCGAAAGAGUUGUCUACCAAUUUCAGUCUUUCCCUAAACAAAACAAUUAAUGAGAAGAAUGGCACGAAAUGUAUUUCAAAAUGGUAAAAAGAUGUUUUGGAUCGGUUGCGCGUGUAUCGGUACGUACAUUGCGUAUCGAUAUUGGAAAAAGCGAGAGCUUCUGACAAUAGACGAAGGUUUCGAAGAUGUGUCAAAGGCUGACGAUAGUCGCGAAAAAAGGGUACUUCUAUUGGGUUUAGAUGGAGCUGGAAAAACUUCAAUUAUAAAUCAACUAUGUGUUGCAAAUGGUGAUGAACAUUCUUACACUAUUCCUCCAAAACCAACAGAAGGUUCCUCUGUAUAUAGAAUAAAAAAUGGAUUGUAUUCUUAUAAUGUUUGGGACAUUGGAGGUGCAGAUGCUACUAGAAAAUAUUGGACUGCCUUUUUACAAGAUACAGACCUUCUGUUGUUUGUAGUAGAUGCAUCAGAUGUAAACAAAUUAUCUUUGGCUGCUAUUACUCUCAAGCAGUUGUUAGGCGAUGCAAGAUUGGAAACUGUACCAAUUUUAAUAAUUGCUAACAAACAGGAUUGUCAUAAUGCACUGAAACUAGAUGAAGUUAAGAAAGCUUUAGAUUUAUUAAGUAUCUCCCCUCAUAAGCACAAAGUAGAAAUAAUUGGAUGUCAAACAAGACCUCUUCCUGAAAUGCCAGCAGAAACAACUGAAUAUACCUGGCACCAUACAUCUGUGGAUACUGUUAGGAAAAAAAUAUUCUCAAUGGCCACAUAAUUUUGUAAUUAUUUGUUUUUGUUUAAAGUACUUUAUAUAUAAACAAGAAAAGAAAAAUAAGGAAAUGAAAGAGCAAUGUGAAGAGACAGUAUGUCUGGUUCAAUGUACUGUACAUAUAUUCUUCAUGAACUGAAUCUAGGUGAUUAAAAAGAAUUUGUUCAAACUGAA